CACACACGCACACACGCACACACACGCACACCCCCUCUGCCCAGCAUGUGUCCCCCCACCGAAGAAACGCCCGCCGCCAACGGCCAUAGCAACGGCACCAACGGUACACCUGUCAGCAAGGAGGGCUUCACGGGUGUCCACACCAAGCAGAACCCUCACCCGUCCCACCGCAGCCCAUACCAGCCCGUGGGCGACUUCUUGUCCAAUGUUGGGCGUUUCAAGAUCAUCGAGAGCACACUACGAGAGGGCGAGCAAUUUGCCAAUGCCUACUUUGACCUCGAGGCCAAGAUCAAGAUUGCCAAAGCGCUCGACAACUUUGGCGUGGACUACAUUGAAGUCACCAGUCCCGCUGCCUCGGAGCAGUCAAGAAGGGACUGCGAGGCGCUGUGCAAGCUUGGACUGAAAGCCAAGAUUCUCACGCACGUACGAUGCCACAUGGACGACGCCAGAAUUGCCGUCGAGACGGGUGUAGAUGGUCUCGACGUUGUCAUCGGAACCUCGGCAUACCUCCGCGAGCACAGCCAUGGCAAGGACAUGACAUACAUCAAGAACACAGCGCUCGAGGUUAUCGAGUUUGUCAAGAGCAAGGGCAAGGAGAUCCGCUUCAGCUCCGAAGACUCGUUCCGAUCAGACCUGGUCGAUCUUCUUUCCAUCUACAGCGCCGUCGACAAGGUUGGCGUCGACCGUGUUGGUAUUGCCGACACGGUUGGCUGCGCGUCUCCCCGUCAGGUCUACGACUUGGUCCGAACUCUCCGUGGUGUCGUUUCGUGCGACAUUGAGACGCAUUUCCACAACGACUCUGGCUGCGCCAUUGCAAACGCCUUUUGCGCUCUCGAGGCCGGAGCCACGCAUAUUGACACCUCGGUCCUGGGUAUUGGUGAGCGCAACGGUAUCACGCCUCUUGGUGGCUUGAUGGCUCGUAUGAUUGUGGCCGACCGCGAAUACGUCACGAGCAAGUACAACAUCAAGGCGCUCAAGGAAGUCGAGGACCUGGUCGCCGAUCUCGUAGAAGUCAACAUUCCAUUCAACAACUACAUUACCGGAUUCUGCGCCUUUACCCACAAGGCUGGUAUUCACGCCAAGGCCAUCUUGAACAACCCCUCGACCUACGAGAUUAUCAACCCUCAAGAUUUCGGCAUGUCGCGAUACGUCCACUUUGCCAGCAGGCUUACCGGAUGGAACGCGAUCAAGAGCCGUGCCGAGCAGCUUGGCCUGAAGAUGACGGACGCGCAGUACAAGGAAUGCACUGCCAAGAUCAAGGCCAUUGCAGACAUCCGCAAGAUUGCUCUUGAUGACACCGACUCGAUAAUCCGCACGUACCACAACAACCUCCACACGACAGAGGAAGUGCCGCUUCUGCCCGGCAUGACGGAAGAAGAAAAGGCCAAGUUUGCCCAGGCUGAGGCUGAGCUGAGUGGUGUGAACGAGAAGAGGGAGCUCGAUGCCACGGCCGAUGCACAAGCCGAGGUGCCUGUUGCUAAGAAGAACAAGGUUGUCACGGUCUCGUAAGCACCCAGCCGAACUGUAUAUAUGGGGUGCUUGGAGUUUGCCACAUGCGUUAGCUUUUCUUUUUCACUUCCGCGGAUUGUCUUUUAUCUUUUUUGAGCAGGCUCGCAUUUGUUCCGGCCACGGAAAAGUUGGUGGGUUUUUUGAUACCGAUAGGCAUGUAGGCAGCUGGCACAAUGUGCCGCAUUUAUGAGCAACAAUCAAAGUUUAGACAUGAAG